GGAACGGUAAAGAAAGAGAGGGGGCGGGAUUUUUCUCAUCUGCCUCACCGUUGUUUGCUUCAAACAAUAAUCUGAAAAACAUCACCAAAGAUUCCUUCCAAAAGCAAAUUGCGUAAAACGUUUACGGAUAAAACCUGGAUUUUAUAUUAAAAAAGUACAAAUAAAGGUCCAGGAGAUUGAGAGAUCAUGGAUGCAGGUGAUGACCAGAACACGGGCUCUACCAAUGGGAAUGCUCCGUCUGCUGGGAACACCCGCCCUCCCCAGAUAGCCCACAUGUCUCUGUAUGAGAGGCAAGCUGUGCAGGCCCUUCAGGCGCUGCAGAGACAGCCGAACGCAGCCCAGUACUUCCAGCAGCUCAUGCUGCAGCAGCAAAUCAACAGUGCCCAGCAGCUUCACAACCUGGCUGCCGUGCAACAGGCCACCCUCGCUGCUAGUCGCCAGUCCAACUCUCCCAACCACAGUGUCUCCCAAGCAACCACCACUGUCAAUCUGAGCACCGCCUCUGGGGGAGGGACCAUGACCAAUUCCCGCCCCCUCGGCCCUGCCACGUCAGUGACAUCAUCAGCUCUCAGCCAAUCAGUGCUGCUGGGUGGGAACUCAGCCGGACAGGGCCAGAUGUACCUGAGAGUCAAUCGCUCCCUCAGGGCACCCCUCGCAGCCUCCCAGCUCAUCUUCAUGCCUGGUGGCACAGCAACAGCUGCUGUGGCGACAGUUGCACAGCAACAGCCUCAGCAACAACAGCAGCAACAGGAAGUCCAUCCCACCUCCAAUGCCCAAUCCGACAAUGACCAGGUGCAGAACCUGGCUCUCCACUGUAUCUCCACUCCCAGAGUGGCCGCAGUGAAGACUGAGUUUCCAGACAGGAGAGACGCAGCCAACUAUUCUUUUAGUCAACAACAACAGCAUUCUCAGCAGCAACAGCAGCAGUUCUCUCAGAACACCCAGCAGCAACAGCAACAUAUGGCCAACAAACUGACUAGCUACACUCAUCCCACUGCUCUCCCCAGUAUAAAUGUCAAGACUGGAAACCAGCUGAAUAUGGCCCCAACCGCUGCCACCUCAGUUCCCGCCUCCUCCUCCCCCUCUCCCACGCUCCCUCUCUCCCAGCUCCUCAUCUCCCCCUCAGGCCUUUGUCAGGCCCGGGCGGUAACCACAGUUACCCCUGCUGCCACGGUAACUCACAUCCUAGUCCCCACCUCCAACGUUCCUACCUCCUCUCAGGGCUACCCCAUAGGUUCAGUCGCUCCCAAAACUAACGUCAACACCCAGACCUUGGUGGUGCAGCCACUGCAGCAGUCCAACACUAACAUGGACAAGGUGAGCCACAGCUCUGGCCCUGUGCACAUACAGCCCAAAACCUCACAGGGUCACCGCUUACCUGUCCAGCUUCCCCCACGCCACCCUCCACCUAUCCUCCCGGCUCCGCCCAACACGGGGUGCCAUCACCCGCCCCAUGUCCCAGUCCAGCUGGUGGGAGCUAGGCAGGGCUCAGUAGGAAACUCCCAGGCUUUGGCACAGGCCCGAAGCUGCUGCCCCCAGGACAACGGCACCGCUAUAGCCUCUACUGGAGGGAACACCACGGCAAAGCCUGCAAUUGGCUCAUUGAAGAGGAAGUCGGAAACUGAUGCCACCAAUGAGAUGGCAGUCGAACUUUCCCAACUUUGCUGUCCACCAAUGAGAGAUUCUGCCCCUCCUCUAUCUCCUGCCCCCACGUUGGACUCAGCUCCUAAAGUGGUGCCAGCCUUCUCCUCUCCCCCCACCUUGUCUCUGCCUCUGCCCCUGUCUCGGGGAAUGGGGGGUCAGGGAGACAGAGCCCCUCUGCCCCAGGCAGUGGUCAAACCUCAGGUCCUCACCCACCUCAUAGAGGGUUUUGUUAUCCAGGAGGGAGCUGAGCCUUUCCCUGUGACUGGGCCAGUGAAGGAGCCUCUAGCCAUGGGUGUUCAACAGGCUGACAAUGGAGGCCCUGCAGUGUUGAAGUGUGAGUACUGUGAGAGCUUGGCUCCAGCCAGCCAGUUCAGGGGCUCCAAGAGGUUCUGCUCCAAGACCUGCGCUAAGAGAUACAAUGUGAGCUGCAGUCAUCACUUCCAGGUCAGUAGGGGGCGAGCUUCUGCACGGCCGCCUGGUCCUCCCGUUCCCCCAGACAACAUCGUCAGACGCAGGGGUCCUCGCAGGAGUAGCUCGGAGAUCGCCUGCGCUAAAAUAGCCGGCAGACAUUUGCCUGUCAAGGAGUGUCGUUCUGAGUCCAGUCGCUCAGAGGAUGUGUCCAGCUGUGACGGAGAGGAGGAGGAGGAAGAUUCCCCAUCACUCUCCCCUAGCUCCUCCCUCUCCUGCCCUAGGCCCGCCCACUGUGAUCCCCAUUUGGACGACUCAGCUCAAGGCAGCCUCCCAUUGGACGAGGCCAACUUCCUGUCUGGGAGCCCCGCCCAUUGGGGUGUGGAGGAGGUCUGCAGGUUCAUCUCUUCACUACAAGGUUGUGAGGACCUGGCUGCCCAGUUCCUGUCACAGGAGAUAGACGGACAGGCCCUGCUGCUACUCAGAGAAGAACACCUAAUCUCCACCAUGAACAUCAAACUAGGACCCGCCCUCAAGAUCUGUGCCUUCAUCAACAGCCUACGAGACUGACAGGGGAGGGAGGAUGAAAAGGCGUUUCAAUGAACUUGAAACUGGGACCCACACUAAAGACAUUCAAGCCUGAGACCAAGACUGAAAGAGAGGGGAAAAUGGGGGUUGAUUUUUAUCAUAAACAUCAAUCAUUUUAGAGACUAGAUGAAGAGAAGGGGGUUAAAUAUAGGUAAGAGGGGAAAUAAUUAGAAAAUGCUUUGACUUUACUGGACAUUGUGCAAAAAAUCUGUUAUGAGUGAGAGGUGAGCAUGAGCAUCAGAUAGUCUGUCUUUAGAGUUCAUGUUUGUGAGGUAAACUGACAAAGUAUGGGUGAGUUGAUGUAUGUGUGUGUCUGUCAGUAGAAACAUAUACAUACUCAUGUGACACUGCAAACGUGGUCACCUACAGUAACCGUGGCUAGCUAGCUAGGACAGUUCAAGUUGCCUUCUUCUACAUUUCAACGGUGCUAUAACCAUAGUGUUAUUAUUGAAAAUGGUCCAUUUCACUUUUCUUUUUACAAAGUGGAUUUGUAGAUGCCAGGCUCUAAUUAAGUGUAUGAAAGGACAUUGAAGAGCUUUAACAAAUUGUUUUUUUAUUUCACCAGAUAUUACUCUUAUAGCUUUGAUCUUUUGUACUACAAUCAAAGUUAUUAUUUUGGUGUGGAAGUUUUUCAUGGAGGGGGAUGUAGUGAAUAUUAGUAACUGACUGAACUACCUGAAUAUGGGUAUUUGUCCUGAGAGGGGAGAUACUCUGUGUAUGCAGUACUACCAAUAAACACCUGUUACUGGAA